AUGCUACAGAAAGAUUCUUGGCAUCUCCUAUACAAAGAUCACAUCACCAACGAGGAGAACGACUACCAAAGAAUCAACGUGCCCCUGUGCGAACUGAACACCAACCUCCCCAAAGCUAAAGUGGACGAGUCCUUUGUCAAGGAACUGUCUCAACUUAUUGCCAGCACAGUCAACAAGCCAGAAAGGGGAGUGACCCUGCGGGUGAACCCUGAUCAAGUCAUGAUGAAAGAAGGGACACUAGACCCAGUGGUUACCAUGACAGACACCGGGUUCCUCAGUCAACACUUCACGGAUGCUAUGAGGGAGAAAUGGAUGACGACACUCACACCUUUCCUGUCAGAGAAGCUAGGCAUCACUGACCACGGCAGGUAUAAAGACAAAUUUUGAAAAUACGAAGCAGUGAUGGUGUCAAUGUCAUAUGCACAUUGUUUUACACUGGUUACAAUGUCUAGUAUGAACAUCAGAUGAGUACAGUCUCGAAACAUUUUUUUUGUCCCAACGUUUAUGAUGGUUUAUCUUUUUCAUUAACUGACAGAAC